CUUAAACCACAUCCCUAUCAAGUUUCAAUCACCGUUUUUAACUAUUUCAAAAACAUUCUCUCCGUUUAACUUUGCUUCAAUUUUUUGUUGGUGAUGGACAGAAUUAGCAGUGCGGGGCUGGAACUAGCAAAUGUGCUGGUGACUUCUCCUCCCCUGCACCAGUCAUGGGACGCAAUUCAGAAGCAAAAGCUCCAGACAGCUGCUGAUCCGAAUGCACAAAUGGCCUUAUACAUUAGUGAAACCAAGCACUCAAACACCACCAUCAUAUCUUUUCUUACUUCACCAGUCAAGGUUCAAGAUCCACAAGCGAUGAUUUCAUCGACGACUCUCAAGGGCACAAAUUUUCUUCUCUUUGAGUUUUUGUGCAGCAAAAAAACACCAAGUUACUCCAUCAAUGAAUUGGCAAUCAAAUUCUUCGCCUUGAAUCACACCAACCUCGAUCUUCUGCAAACAAAGCUGGUAGAAAGCAGCAAUUCCAACUCAUCGAUACUUAUCACUGGACAUUCUUUUGGAGGCUGUUUAGCUACCCUUUUCACCUUAUGGCUGCUACAAAGCCUCAACUUGUCUUAUCUAUAUCAUUAA